AUGUACUUAAGCAUCCUUCGUUUGUUGGCCGUUGGCCUUGCUGGUCUUAAUGUUGCGGUCGCGGGCCCUUGUAAGCCUCGUUCUUCUGCAUCUGAAUCUUCCAUUGCGACAACGGUAGCAGCGUCCAGUUUUGUGCAGUCUUCCGACACCUCAGCCACCUUUGCCAGCACCACAACCGAAGCAGUCACUUCUGCUGACACAACCACUGGAGUAACGACUGAAGUGAGUUCGGCGGUUACUGGAACAGAGACUGCCAGUACCGAGGCAACAACUUCCGGCGAUACAACCACCGAGGCUACUACUUUCGCUACAUCAACCGCUAUCACUGAGGUAGCUUCUACCACUGAAGCCGAUACUACAACUGAGGCUGUGACGACUUCAGGCACAGUCACUGCUUCAUCCGAAAUCACCGAGGCUCCCACUACCACUACUGAAGGGACAACUACUGCAGCUCCCACCACCACCACCGUCCCGAUGUUCCGACUUGUCCCUGCGUCCGGAACUUAUAGUGGCGAACCUCUUCUAGCGAAACGAAACCGCUUCACUCCUCUUCUCUUCAACCACGCCCAAGGCUAUUCUACGGCUUACUUCACCAUCGACGCCACUACUGGUCGCCUGUUGCUCGACGGCACUUUGCCUAUCUGCGGCUACUUCCCUGGCGAUGGCACCAGCGCAUUCACUGUAUGCGAUGCCACCAACAUGCCAGAUCAGGAGCAGUACCUUACUUGCGAGACACCUACCCCGGGUAGCCGAUUGGAAUGCUCUGUGCCUGAGGUGCAGUGUGACAUGUUUUCGGGUUGUGCUGCCACCGGUAGCUACUGGUACACUACAUAUAUUGGCUCGUCAGGGGGUACUAGUGAUGAUACUGCGUUCCUCGCCACUGCUGGAGGCUCUAGUGUAGGUUUCUACGUUAACUUUGACUCCGAUUAG